GAGUGGCGGCGGAAGCGGAAGGGAAGCAGCAGUGUAUGCUGAAACAUGGCGUGCACAUACACAGUGAGAGGCAGAGAGAUGACAGCCGGCGUGUGUUUGUUUUCUGCGCUUAUCUCCGCAUGUGUGAUGCUGCAGCCCUCAUCGGCCAAACCGGGCAAUUUAAGGGUUAUCACAGAUGGAAACUGGGACGACAUCCUGACAGGGGAAUGGAUGAUCGAGUUUUUUGCUCCAUGGUGCCCAGCCUGCCAGCAGCUCCAGCCCGUGUGGAAUGAGUUUGCAGAAUGGAGUGAAGACUUGGGGGUGAACAUUGCCAAAGUGGAUGUCACCGAGCAGCCAGGUUUGAGCGGGAGGUUUAUCAUCACAGCUCUCCCAACUAUCUACCACUGUAAAGACGGUGUAUUUCGGCGGUAUCAAGGAGCCCGAUCUAAAGAUGAAUUCCUGAGCUUCAUUGAUGAGAAGAAAUGGCAGAGCAUAGAGCCGGUCUCUUCCUGGUUUGGCCCCUCAUCCUUCCUAAUGAACGCGAUGUCGGCCCUCUUUAAGUUAUCCAUGUUCAUUCGGCAUUGCCACAAUUACUUAACAGAGCAGCUGGGCAUCCCGGUUUGGGGCUCAUAUGGAAUUUUUGCUCUUGCAACACUUUUCUCAGGAUUGACCCUUGGAUUGGUACUGGUUUUCACUGCAGAUUUUGUGUUCCCGUCACGCCGGUUUGCACCAGAUUAUUACCACAAAAAACAGCCUGCAGGGCAGGCGCGUCUCCUGCAGCAGUCAGAAGAUGAGCAGGAAGCAGACGGAGAGGAAGAGGACGAUGAAGAUGAGUACGGAGGAAAGGCUGAAGAGUGGCGACGAGUGGGCGGUGCUGAUGCUCUUAGGAGAAGAGGUGUGGAUGUGCCGGAGGAGGACACCUAGAGGACCGGAGAGGAACUGCCUCUAUCUCACUGUGCACAAAACCACCACUCCAACCACAUCGCUAUGGCAACACCCACAUGUACUGCCAUGGCAGCACUCAUUGAGCUUGUUGAUGUCAUAUGUGAUGUCAUAGCUCCCCUCCCAAAUAUUCAGUCACCUUUGACUGAAAGACUGAUGUGGUUUUGCUUUUCUCUGUUUCUCGCUACUGGUUUGUGUGUUUUUUCUUUCACAGUUGUCAAGUUUUUAUGAUUACACUCCUUGCUAUGCACUAUCCCUAGUGUGUGUUUGUGUGUUAGAAAAAUAUUUGGACUUACUUUAAGGAAUAUCACGAGUCACAGCUGUAAUAUUCCCCAUACAAAAAAUUACUAAGUAAAUAACUAAGAAAUCAACCUCACUGUGGAUCUGCAGUUAGUUGUAAAUUAGGCUUUUGGGAAUUUUAAAGGUUUUGCGCUUUACUUUGUAUAUAUUUUAUUAUUCAAACUCUUUGGAUGCCUGUUAUAUAAAGCCAGAAUGAUCAAUUUGCUAUUGUUUUAAUGGUUUUUCUUCCACUUGGAGUUCAGCCUAAUACUUUUUGCAAUUUUGUUUUUCUUUUUUCAGUUUAGAAAAUGCCUGAAUUAACACCUGUGUAUAGACCUUAUUCACGCUAUCGCCAUCUUUGAUUUUUAAUGGGAAUGACAAUGAGGCUGUGAGGGAUAGACUUACAGCCUCUUCAAUGGCACGAACGGUAUAAAGCUGUAUAAAGCUCCUAGAUCACAACUGAUUUUCCACAGCUUAUAUUGUCUGGAGUUCUUUGUAUACUGAAUGUUCUUGGAUAGAUAUUUUAUCAAUGUUUUGUUUGCGGAAUUAUCCAAAAACAUUUUAAACUGCAGUACAGCCCAUUGAAGAGACUGUAAGUCUAUCCCUCACAGCCUUGUUGUCAUUCCUGUUAAAAAUCAAAGAUGACGCUAGCGGGAAUAAGGUCUAAAUGUAUUAACGUGUGUGUGUGUGUGUGUGUGUGUGUGUGUGUGUGUGUGUGUGUGUGUGUAUUGACUGUGGAUAUUUUGUUGGAUGAAAAUGAACCUGAGCGCAGUGACCAGAUUUAUUGAUGUUUGACACUUAAGGAAAUGUGCUGACAUUUGUUUCAGUCAUCAAGCAGAAUCUGACUCUGUUUAUGUUUAGAACAUAGUUCAUUUAAAUUUGCAUCUGUUACAUGCCACAUAUGUUAUUGAUUUUAGAUGGUGUAUUAUGUUCUGUGUCAAGUUAAGAUGUCAAUUUGAAAUGUAUCUCUGUCUUGCAGUUUAUUUGUAUGCUUUUUACAUCUGAUAUUUUCAUUCACUAAAACACUCCCUUUGUGUGUUUGUGAAGCAAAUCCCACUACUUUUCACUCUUGACCCCUGACUUGUCCUCUAGAAUUGAAGUGUGUCUUGAUAUAUUCUGCUCCGCUGCCCACAGCAAAAGUACUAAAGCGUGAAUGUGUGCAAUUUACAACUGUGCUUACAGUGUGAGUGCGUGUGUAAGGUUUUUGGGAUAAUUCUGGAUUUGAGUGUGAAUCAGGACUGUUAAUAAACAGUUUAAAGCUG